AGCAGGAAACAUCCUUUAUGGAGGACAUACACAUAUUUUUUCAAAUUUUUAUAUCACAGCUGAAUGCAGCUCGACAUUAGAUGGAUUAAGAUAUAGGCAUCGACAUUUUUCAUAUGGAUCCGUUUAUUUUUGCUUUCCCGCGCAAAUGACGCAGACGGCGACAGUUUUAACGUGAAAUAUGUCCAACUGACUGAAACUGAUAUUUAAACUGACCGCUGAACGGUUCAUUAACGUGGUGUGGACUCCACCUUAGUUUUCCUUAAUACGACUGUAUGGAAAUCUCUGGGGAGAGCAGGUGUGUGAAGGGGAAAAGACCAGCCUACUGAACACAGCCGGACAGUUCGUAGCUCUCUCUCUCUCUCACACACACACCGACCCGACCCUCGUCAGAAAACUGAGCGAACAUCAAGAAGCGACCGUUACAACCACAACAGCAGUAUGGAGCUCUUUAAUGAGUGGCUGUGGAGGCAGGAGUACUGGCUUCCUCCAGGCAUCACCUGGAGGGACAUGGCCCAGAUGGAGGACUCUCCUCUCCCCAGGGAUUUGCUCAUCUCCCUGCCUCUGGCUUUGGGCUUUAUCGCCCUGCGCUGCGCCUUUGAGAGGACUGUGGCUGUUCCUCUGAGCAAACUGUUAGGAGUGAAAGACAGAGUGCGCUUAUCAGUCUCACCUGCUCCAAGCCUGGAGGCCUUUUACACCAAACACAGCAGACAUCCAGCACAGAGUGAGGUCAGCAGUCUGGUGAAACAGAGUGGCCUAACCCAAAAACAAGUGGAGGUCUGGUUCCGUCAUCGUAGAAACCAGGACAGGCCCAGCAACACCAAGAAGUUCUGUGAGGCAAGCUGGAGGUUUGUCUUCUACCUAAUAUCGUUCACUGCUGGACUUUCAUGUCUUAUGAAUACAUCUUGGUUUUGGGACCAAAGGGAGUGCUGGAGAGGAUAUCCGUUACAGCCAUUUGAGAAAGUGCACUAUUGGUAUUACAUGAUAGAGUUGGGCUUCUACUGGUCCUUGCUCCUCUGCGUCUCUGUGGACGUCAAAAGAAAAGAUUUCAAAGAGCAGAUUGUUCACCACAUUGCUACUAUUUUCCUGCUUGGGUUCUCGUACUGUGCGAACUACAUCCGCAUUGGCACUUUGGUGAUGCUUGUCCAUGACUCCUCAGACUUCCUGCUGGAGUCUGCAAAGAUGUUCAACUAUGCAAGCUGGAAAAAGACUUGUGACUCACUGUUUGUGGUUUUUGCUGUGGUAUUCCUGGUGACGCGUCUGGUUGUGUUCCCCAGCAAGAUAAUCUAUACCACUCUGAUCUUGUCAAUGGAGGUGUUUCAGCCCUUCAUGGGUUACUACUUUUUCAACGCUCUGCUGCUAGUACUGCAAGCCCUGCACAUCUUCUGGGCCUGGCUCAUAAUGCGCAUGAUUUACAAGUUCCUCUUCCUGGGAAAGCUGGAGAAGGACGAACGCAGUGAUGAUGAAAGUGAGGCAGAAGAGGAGGCUGAAGAUGAAGGAGAGGAGGGAGAGGACCAGACAUCCUGGAAGAAGAGAAAAGUUGUCCUAGAUUCCAAACUGGCUAUGAUGUCUUCUAGUUGUGUUCUAAACAACUUGGCCAGUCAGAGAGCUAAUGUAUGCAGUAGAAUGCCCAAAAGCAGAUAGCACCUGUUAAUGUAAAAUAGAUGUUAAGUGCAACUUAGGUUUCACUGAAACACUGUCAAGCGCUUUUUCAGAUCAUUUAGUAAAAGACAGAUCAUUUAUUAAAAGAGGUUACUGUUACUACUAGAGCCAUUUUUACUUCCUAAGUAAGGCACAGUGUUUUGGGUAAACUUAGUUGCAGUAUGUCCGUAUCCUGCGUUUUGUGGUUGCACAACGGUUUGUAGCCGUGCAACAUGACUACGGAUUAUAAAAACCUGUUUGUAAAAUGCAGGAUUAAGAAGCACUGUUCUAACAGAACAAUCAAUAAUACACACAGACUGGUUUCUUUACCAUUUUACACAUUCUCCCAGACAGAGAAGAACACAGCUCAAGAGCCUUCAUUGAAAAUUCCUUUUCUUUGUAUGUAUAAAUGACCUUUCUGCUACGCUUGUGGCUAUCUGUGUAUUUUAUUUGUAAAGUAUUACAAAAUAUAUGAACUAAACAA